AUGAGCGAAGGAGUUAUCCUCAAAAAUACCUACUUCAAAUCUCACAACGAACUGGAUCUCCGCAGUAAAAUCCUCUCACUUUGUGGUGACGUUCUCGGAGGAAAAUGGGUCGAUCUUCAUCCAGACAACGUUUCCAUCAGUAGUAUCCCUGGUGGCUUGACGAAUCUCGUCUACUUGGUGAGUCGACCGAAGUUCUCAUCAUCGGACGAUCAGCCUUCUACUGUACUUCUGCGAAUUCAGUCGCAAACUGAUCACGAGAAACUGCUCAAUGAACUCGUCGUCUUCACUUCACUAGCCGAGAGCGGUCUCGGCCCGAAAUUGUUGGGAAUUUUUCCUGGUGGACGCUUCGAGGAGUACAUUCCAAGCAGACCUGUCGACCACCGCGAAGUGACGGAUUCGAGGAUAUGCACCCUGUUGGCACGGCUCCUGCCACGAUUUCAUUCCACUGCUGUGCCAAUAUCCAAACGACCAGGUGUUGUAAAUAUGAUGCGAGAAUGGCUGGCACUUUUUGAAGAGCAGGGCAACACACAUGUAAAGAUGCGGACGACAUCUUUCCAGCUACCUCCUAACACGUUCCCACCCGUGGUUUCUACAAGUGACUUGGCCAGAGAAAUUGACACCGUGGAAGAGUUCCUUAGCACCUCUUCCUCGCCUGUCGUCUUUUGCCAUAAUGAUCUCACUGUAAGUGUUUCUCGUUCGAAAACUUAUACUAAGAGUCUAAAAAAAGUAAAAUAA